AUGGAUGGGUGUUUUAUGGUUGACCCUGAGGGGCGCCGAGGGGGUUUGGCUCUCCUUUGGAAAAAUGAGACUAAGCCGAUCUUACCUCGGGUCCCUAGAAGUUGUAAAUGGAAAAAACCGUCGAAGGCUGUUACUAAAGUGAAUGUUGAUGCGUCCGUGAAUGCUAAUGGUACGAGCUUGGGCAUUAUUGCGAGUGGUUCUGAUGUCUUUGUUUUAAGUAGUAAAGCGGUUUUCAUUAACAGGGUGGUUAACUCCGAAUGGGCGGAAUUGGAUGCCCUUAUCGAAGGUUUUUGGCUUGCUCAUUCGUUCAAUUCUGAUAAGGUUAUUUUCGAAAUGGACUGUGCUAGCAUUAUCAAUCGCUUUCGCAAACACGAGGAUAUCACGAUUCUUGGUCACCAUAUCAAGGAAGCCCGCAAGAUGCUUGAUUCUUUAUCUAAAGCCGACGUCAAUUUGGUGGAUCGCGGUUGUAAUAAAUUGGCCGAUUCUCUUUGUACUUGGUCUCUUUCUAAUUGUUGUAAUUUGUCUUUUGAGAUGGAUUAUCCUAGUGAUAUCCAUUACAUUAUAAUUUCUGAUGCAAUUUAA